GGCCAUAUUGUUAGGAGUAAUAUAACAUGUUUGUAAUUUUGGCUGGAGUAUUGUAUAUACACAAACUAAAUUUUGCGUAUUUAUAUUUGUUGUAAAUAACUAAAACAUAUAAAUGCAACAGCCUAGAAGCUAUAUACAUUAUUUAUAUAUUUAUUUUAGAAUGUCAUUUUAACUGUACUAGUCACACAACACACAACGAACAGAGCCAUAUAUUUAUUUUAGAGUGUCAUUUUAACUGUACUAGUCACACAAACGAACAGAGCCAUUUUGACAUUUCCAUUGCCUGGAAUUGUGUUUUGUUUUCUUAUGUCUUUGGUGUUUACAAUCUGCAGUUUUGCUUGUUGAAGACGAUUGUUAUAAUAAAAAUUGUUUAAAAAUGUUUAGUGUAGUCUUUACCUAUCAUCAAACUUGAUAACAAUAACUUUUUAAGAAAAUGUCAGGUUUUGAUGUAAAUGCGUACACAGCUUCAUCACAAUGUUGUGCGCUGCUCUCGAAUCUGAAGAAAUUUAUUGAAUUGUGGCUUUUAACUGAUGGUGACCAGCAACAAAAUCAAGGCUUAGUAGAACCAGUGGAAUUGGCUUGCGUUGAUAUAUUGUUACAUGGAUUACGAACAACACUCUUCGAGGAAAAAAAGUUCAAUGCCGAAUUAAAUAACGAAACUAUUAAUAUCCCAAUAACAGAGGGGGAUGCAUUAAACAAAUUAGCUGAUGACUUUGAGUGGAUAAGGAGGUCGACACAGAUCAGAGAUUCAUUUUCAGAUUUCAAUAGUUCUACCUCUUCCACGCAAACGUCAAAUUCCUCUUAUACAUCAUGCCAAAGUACAAUAUUGGAUAAACCUCGAAAUGUUAAAAAUUUUUUUAGUGAUUGGGUUAAGCAUAGCUUAGGCUCGAAUUGUUUAUGUGUGUCACUACAAUCCUUGACAUCGGAUCAAGAACUGUUAAAGUACUACUAUGAAAAUGAUGCUUUUUUAAGGAACGAAACUUAUGCGUGUUCACUGUUCAUAUGUUUAUCAGCAUUUGAAUUAAAUCAGUAUAGCUUACUGAGUCAAAUUAAAUCGGAUUUAUACAGCCCAGCUCCUAGUAAAAUCAUUCAACAUAAACGUGCUAGUUCACACCCAAAUUUUUCAAUAUCACCACCGAAAAAAUUUACUGUCGUGCCAACUGAAAACAAACCACCUGUGUUACAAAGUCCAAAACAUAAAAAUAUUCUUAAAUCUCAGCGCAGUUUACAGCAACCAGUAUUAAAAACGUAUCGUAAGACUAAUAGUCUUCCACUUCUACAACAAGAUUCUACACCUAAUUCAUAUGCAAAUGAUAACGAAUCACCACGACCUCGAAGUAAAACUGUUACUGCUUCUAUUCCAUUUAGAGUAACUAAUUUAAAUGACAGCGCUGAAACGGCUUUAAAGUAUUAUUUACCCAAGUCUUCGAACGAAUCAUUCACAAACAGUGAGGAAAUAUUAACAUUUCUAUCUGAAAGCAGCAAACAAAUUAAACCUAAAAAUUUAACAGAAGCUUUACAAUUAGAUUCGGCUUCUUCAGCUUCACUUUCUUCGUUUAACUCAACAGCAAGUCAAAAAAUCGACUUAAUAAAAUGUGAUGAUAUAAAAAUAUGGACGGACCAAAGCAUGGUGACAACAUCAGAACCCACAAAGAAUUUAAAUAUACCAUCGAGUAAUAUCGAAGUACAACAGCCCAAAGCGGUUAGUCCUAUUAAUAAUUUUUUAUCGAAUCUUUUCAAUACUCCACCAACUUACACAAGUUGGUCUAUUAAUCAUAAUGCCAAUCUAAACAAAAAUCGAAUAACUACUGAAAAAUCUACCGAAGUACAAAAUAAUGCGCCAAUAUCGAGCAGUGUUUUAGACUCAUUCUUACCUAUUUAUGGAAAAAAAAUGCGUGCGCACAAACUACAAAAUUUAUUUGAAGACGGAAUAAGUACUCUUGAUUAUUCUUUAAAUCCAUCUAACAAUAAUAGUAAUACUAUGGAUAAUACUUCUGUUCAAAAUGAUAAUAAAAACAAGGAGAAAAGAUCACAAAGUUUAACGUCAUUUCUCAAAACGUCACAACUUUCCCGCAACAAUACUGAACUGGAAAAAGAAAACGCGCAUUUUCGCAUAUCGGAAGCGAUCAUCACUGCAAUAGAGCAUAUAAAAUGGGCUAAACUGGAGCCAAAUGAGUGCGCUGCCCAAGUAGAAACCCCAGUAAAAACUGAUUGGAUAGAAAAUACAGAUGAACGGACUUGUAAUGAACAAGAUUCAACUUUAAAAGAUGUUGAAGAGCACAUUCCCUAUGCCGAAGUUGGAGAAAAUUGUCUGGAUCUGCUCUCUGCCGAAGUAGUAGGCUUAUCAUUGAUAUCGAAGUUUAACGAUGUUCAAUUACCCAAAGUUUCGGAACUGAAAUGGUUAGUUUCAGAUCAGGACACUCCCCAGAAACUUUUGCCUUUACCUAGUCAAAAAACUCCUAUGACACAAGAAGAAAGCUUAGUUCGCUCAAGAACGCGUGGAAAUAAAUUUUGGGCCCCUCCAAGACCACAGAUUAUAUUUACUGACCAACCACAACCAAAUAGAAAACAACAGAUAAAGAUACAAAAUAAUCUAUGUGCUGGAUGUGGAAUGCAUGUCGCGCAAUCUUACAUUCAUAGCUUUCGAUAUUGCUCUUAUUUUGGUAAAUAUCAUUGCACUGGAUGUCAUCGCAAUCAAAUUUCUACCAUUCCUGCGAAAAUACUUCAACUGUGGGACUUUAAGUGCUAUCCAGUAAGCGUCUUCGCAUAUCGUUUGUUAGAGCAAAUGUAUUCGUAUCCUUUAUUUUAUGUGCCUGAUAUUAAUCCUGCGUUAUAUAUACAAAAUAAAAUACUGCGGAACGCGCGUAAAAAACGUUUUCAACUUGGCUUUGUUAAAGACUUCAUACGAGCAUGUCGUUUUGCUGUUGAGGAAAACAAAUAUUUUGAUGCUAUACCAAAUCAUAUUGCAAGUGAACUAGACGUGUGGUCAAUGGCCGAUUUUAUUGAUGUAGAAAAUAAAAGUAUGAAACGUUCCAUUGAUGAGCUGAUAUCCAAUUGCGAAGCGCAUAUUUUCAAUUGUGUGCUCUGCAUUGGUAGAGGUUUCAUUUGUGAAUAUUGCGAUAAAAGUGAAGUCAUAUACCCUUGGCAAAAGAAUACAUUUCGUUGCGAUCGGUGUGGUUCAUGUUUUCAUUUACAAUGUUGGAAAGGAAUGGUAGAACAGUGUUGUAAAUGCCAUAGAAUAAAUAAGCGGCGGAAUGAAAAUACAUAAAAUUCAACAAAUGUUUUUGAUUAAAAA